ACGGAAAAGGCUGUAUCUGGGCCGGGCUGGGAGCGGUGACCCGCCCUACCCCAACCAGUUUCGCCCAGGUGCGGGGGGGAGGGGGCGGCGGUUUAACAGCGCCCAGUUUGCCCGGGAGGAGGAGCUGCCACCGCCGCCCCCUGCGCGUCCCAGGUGUAACCGGAGCCGGGAAGGGCGCGGCGCAGCCACCAUCACCUGUGGAACCUGUCGAGCGGCUCACAUCGGUUCGCCGCCGCGCACGCUAAGCUCUGUCUCCUCGGCCCGCGCCUCGGAGGACUUUUCUCCGGCUUCUCCGUGCCCCGCCGCCAGCCCGAGCCAUGAAGCUGCUCAGAGGGGCUGCGCUCCUGCUGAUACUCUACACUGUCGUCCGUUCCGUGGAGAGCUCGUGCAUCUGCGAGAAGAACAAGCGUGUCACCAAUUGCAGAGAGGCCAGCGGCGUGUGCUGGUGCGACUCGAUCGGCACUGGCGUGUCCGUGAACUGCGGUACUCUGACCUCAAAAUGCCUGUUGAUGAAAGCAGAAAUGGCACACACAAAAUCGGGUCGUCGUGAGAAACCAAAGGAUGCAUUUGAAGAUACCGAUGGCCUUUACGAUCCCGAGUGUGAAAACAAUGGUGUUUUCAAGGCAAAGCAGUGCAACGGAACCACCUGUUGGUGUGUCAAUACAGCUGGUGUUAGAAGAACUGACAAACAUGAUGCAGACCUGAAGUGCAACCAGUUAGUCAGAACAAUGUGGAUCAUCAUUGAAAUGAAACAUGCUGAAAGAAACUCUCCUCUGAGCUCUGAAUCUUUAGACAAGUUCUUCAGGGAUGUCAUUACCAAACGUUACCAGCUGAAUGGACGGUAUAUCACUAAGGUUCUGUAUGAAAAACCAUACAUUACUAUUGAUUUGAAGCAAAAUUCCACAGAGAAAUCUGCAGGAGAUGUGGAUAUAGCUGAUGUGGCCUACUACUUUGAGAAGGAUGUAAAAGGUGACUCCCUCUUUCAAAAUAACAACCUAAACAUGAGUAUUGAUAGUGAAGCCCUGCUUUUUGAGAAGACAGUAGUGUACUACAUUGAUGAAAUACCACCAGAGUUUUCCAUGAAGUCUCUGACUCCUGGCCUCAUUGCUGUCAUUGUAGUAGUAGUAGUAGCAAUAGUUGCUGCUAUUGUUGUUCUGGUCUUAACAAGAAGGAGGAAAGGGAAGUACGUGAAAGCAGAGGUAAAGGAAAUGAACGAAAUGCAUAGGGGACUGAAUGCUUAACUAAAUCAGCUGAAGACAGAGUAAGAGUCAACCAACAAGACAACAGAAACUAUUGGAGGCAUGGAUGUUUAACUCUAGAAAGAGUCCUCCUAACAGCCAAGACUGGUAACUGUGCUACUACUUACACUAUUUGUCGGGAGUUAAAUCUUAAGCGCCCCAUCUUACUCAAGUCAACCUUUUAACUAUUGCUCCCCAAUUUUAUUUUUUGGGGUUUUUUAUGAUGAUGAAAUGAGUUAACAACUGCUGUUACUAGGGUUAUGGAGCAUAGAAGCUCAAAUGGCUAUUUUACCUUUGUGGGAGGUUUAUUAAAGUAAUGAUUUUUGUUUGCAGCUGUGUAAUGAGGCUGUCACCUGUAUAACUGAACUGUUUUUAUGGCUGUCUGUAUAUAGCUGAAGUUGCUGAAACUUUUUUAUGACUUGAAUUAAUAAAACUUUGAAACAGGCUUCCAAUUCUUCCAUGUUGAAAUCAUGAUCUGUGAAGCUAUUGUGCUCACAAGUUCAGGAGUGUAAUACUUAAAGCAAGAAACCUCAACGUCGGUAAAAAUACUCAUUGACAAACUUUGGUUUAACCAUCUAAUCUCAAUAGCAAGAUAGAUUCUUCUCUUUUUUUUCCUGAAAGCUGUGAAAAGUGUGCUUUAUCCUAUCUUCCACUCUUGUAUGGGCAGCAGAAGUAAAUGAUAAAAGAUGGAUUGUUUGUAUAAAAAAAUAAACAUGCUAUGAAUGUAGCAAUUUUGGGAAUGCAUGGCCUGCUCUUU